GGAUCCUCACAGGUUAGUUGCUGUUUGCUGCUCCUCCCUCUCUGCUUGCACUUAACUGCCUUAUCUUUUCUCUGCUUAUAACCAACCCGUAAAAAUUUCAACCGAAACAUGAGAGAAGGGAAAUUCAGUUUGACUUUCAAAAGCAAAGCGAACCUCAAAACGUCAUCAUACAGUCUCGUUGAAAGUAACGACCAUAGCCCUCUAUGGAAGACCGCGCAUCUCUGCUGCUGUAUCGAUGGUGGUGGUGGUGGCUGUGAUGGCAGUUUCCGUAAAUUUGCCUCUGUUUCAAUGGCAGAGAAGGUAGACAAAUUUGAGUUUGCGCCGAGCUCGGCUCAGCUCUUGAAACAUCCGUUGGCUGCACUUAACUAUGUGCCGAGAGAAGCUGCGAUUUUCGUUGCCGCAGCAAUCUCUGGAGCUGCGGCCAAGACAGUUACGGCUCCCCUCGACCGUAUCAAGCUCCUUAUGCAGACUCAUGGUGUGCGGGCUGGGCAAGAAAGUGCUAAGAAGGCAAUUGGUUUCAUUGAGGCCAUAACAUUGAUAGGAAAAGAAGAAGGAUUAAAAGGGUACUGGAAAGGAAACCUUCCUCAGGUGAUUCGGAUCAUACCUUAUACUGCGGUCCAGCUCUUUACUUAUGAGACUUACAAGAAACUGUUUACAGGAAAGGAUGGUGAGCUCUCUGUUGUUGGAAGACUUGCCGCAGGUGCUUGUGCAGGCAUGACAUCCACUUUUGUGACAUACCCUUUGGAUGUUUUGAGAUUGCGCUUAGCAGUUGAACCAGGAUAUCGGACUAUGUCUGAGAUGGCCUUCAACAUGUUACGCGAGGAAGGAGUUGCAUCCCUUUAUUAUGGUCUUGGGCCUUCUCUUAUUGGCAUUGCCCCAUACAUUGCUGUGAACUUUUGCAUUUUUGACUUAAUUAAGAAGUCCUUGCCAGAGAAAUAUCAACAGAAGGCUCAAUCAUCUCUAGUCACAGCUGUGGUAUCUGCCGCUGUUGCAACCCUCACAUGCUAUCCUUUAGACACAAUUAGAAGACAAAUGCAAAUGAAGGGAACACCCUACAAGACUGUUUUGGAUGCCUUUCCAGGGAUUAUCCAACGUGAUGGAAUUAUUGGCCUGUAUAGGGGUUUUUUGCCAAAUGCAUUGAAGAACCUACCAAACAGCAGCAUUAGGCUCACUACCUUUGACAUGAUGAAACGUCUAAUAUCAGUCGGUGAGCAAGAGUUUCAGAAAAUUGUGGAGGAAAACCGUGAGAAACAAAGCCAGAAUCCCAAUAUUUGAAACAAUCCUGAAGUCUAACUUGCCGUUGCGGUCGUCUCUGCCGUAGCCAUACCAUCACCAUAGUAGUAAAAUAAAUAAAAGAAACCACCAAGUUCACCCUUCAUCACAGAACCAACGAACUGACUCGGGAUUGAGCUGCAAGAAAGAAAGAAUCAGAGUACGAACCUACAUGAAAGAGAGCCGUAAUAGACGAUUUUAAAAUUGAUUAAAAAAGCCAGAAAAAGAAAAGAAAUUAAGAUU